AAAGGAGAUGCCGAAGAUAUUUUAAAAUAUCACGAAGGCAGUAAAUUCAGCACAUACGAUCGUGAUAAUGACCAAAAGGACAAUAGAAAUUGCGCAAAGAUUGAUCGCGGUGCCUGGUGGUAUUAUCGUUGCUAUUUGAGCAACUUGAACGGCGAUUAUACAGAAAGUAAUAGCGGUCAGGGUAUAGUGUGGAUAGGUAUGAACAGAAGUAAGUCAUUGAAAUUCGUACAAAUGAUGAUACGCCCGACGCAGGCCUGCAUGAAGUCACUGAAAAAAUAAAAUACUUUUACGACAUGACGCUCAAGUGCUGACCUAUAGACCUAUGCUAUGCAUUAUUAAAAUUAAUAUAAUUAUAUAUACUUUAUAAAAAUUCUUA